UAUAUUGGCAAACUGAGCUAACGCUUUCUAUUUACUGCACUGUUUCAGAUAUCAUCGGGAAGGUAAUCGGCAAAAGCGUUGUCCAGACCCACAUUUCCAGUGGUAAGACAGACAGGCAUAUGGAACUGACUUUGGCAGACCCAGAGUACGUUUGUGCUUUUUAAAAACCCUUAUGGUUUUUGAGGCAGAUUUCUAUGAUACUAAUGGGCUUCAAACAACAGGGGUAACCGACUAGGUUGUGUCUUAUGGAACAAAUACAUUAGCCAAUAUCAAGAUUAUAUUAAGGAAAAUGAAGGGGUGCCAGUUUUUGUGAUACUUCAACUCUGCAGACCUAAAAGAUUUCAAGGGACUUUAACUGUGACCACUUCCUUUGAUGUUUCUAAACUCAUUAUCAAUGGAAACACGACAGAGUUUUUGGAGUUCCAAAGCGAAUUUCCUGCUGAUGGUGAUGACACCAUAACUCAGACUUCCCUCACGCAAUGCUCACAAGGUGAAGGAAGGGAUGAUGUGCUUAGUGGCCGCGCAGUUCUAACCACUAUGAAGGAUUUGAUGAAUGCUACCGAGGUUAAUAAUUAAUUGAAGAGAUAUUGAUUUUGAAAAAAAAGGUUGAUUGAACCGUCUUAUUGAUGUACCCUUAUAACUACUUAAAUUGAGCAGGAAGAUAUUUACUGGGUUCUUGCAGAGGUAGUUUCAAUAGAAAACUUUCGGGAAUGGUGCUACUUGGGCUGCCCAACUUGCCACAAAAAGUUAACACCCGAGGAGGAAAGGUUUAGGUGUACUAAUUGCAGCAUGACUCUAGCCGACGGAGUUUACCGGUAUCAUACUAUCUCCACCUAAUGAUAAACUAAUAACUAAAAUCAAAUGAUUUAACAUAUUGCUAUGCUUAAAAUGAUAAGUUACAAGGUCAGCGUAUGUAUCAUGGACAACACUGGCCAUGGAAAUUUUGUUCUAUGGGACAGAGAGUGUAUUGAAAUUCUUGGUAAAACUUCCGCAAGCCUGAUGGCAGAAGUGGAGAAGGUAACUUCUGUACUCUAAAGACUGUAUUAGAUAGCCAGUACCACACGUCACAUUCUAUUUAACUCUUUAAAACACAGAAAACUGGUGAUCCAACAAGAUUUCCAGAAGAUAUUGAAAGCUUGGUGGACAAAAAGGCAAUUUUCAAAAUACAGCUAAAGAAAAAAAGUGAAGAAAAUGCCUACAAAGGCGGGAUUUCGUUAGGAGUGCUUAGUAUGAUACGAGAUCCUAAUGUUUUGGCAAUGUAUGAAGGAAAGCAGGACAUCGGAACAGAUGAGAGUGAUAUGAAGACUCCAGAAAAGGUAUUUUGAAAACAGCUUUUGUCUGAAUAUCUGUAUCUUAGUUUUUUCUAGAUUCUAUAUUAACAGAAAAUUUCCAUUUCAGAUUGGUUCAAAUGCAGACAUGGGAGAGAAUUCAAACUCUGUUAGAGAGAAAUCUACUGUCACCAAGGGAAAGGGGAAACGGAUUUCAGCUGAAAAGGAGGACAUUACCCCCAUUGAGCUCCCAGAUUCACCUGUGGCUUCUACCCAGAGGGAGGUUAAUGAUGAGAUAACCAGAAACCUUAACGAUGAAUUUUCAAGCAACGGGAAUGGCAAGAAGCUGAAGAUCAAAAUCAAACAGGAACCACUCUAAAUGUUAUUCAAAACCUGGAAGACUGUUGUGUUUUUGUGAUGCCAUCUAAUACGGUGUCUACUUUUUAUGACUGUUUGAAAUGGCAGUGUGUAUGCCAUCAUUUUUUGGAAGUGUUGAAACGCUAAAUGUGAUGAACUUCAAAUAACCUCCUGCUUUGACUAAAAUUACAUCUUGCCUUUUUGUGGAUGGUAUAGAUAUCUAUCUAAUUGGAUAUUUGCAGGUUACCAGUGCGAAUACUAGCGCAGAUAUUGCAUAGCUAAAGGGACGCACAUACUCUAACAUUUUUCGUGAACAUCAAGAAAUUAUUUAGAAUACGAGUAACUGACAGAGUUUAAAAUGAUUUUCAGGUUGCUCGAGUUGUAGCUGCACAGAUUCCUACGUGAUGGAAACGGGCUACUAUUUAGAUAGAAUUAGUAGUAAAUUUUGUAACUACGUAAAUUUUUGGGCAAAAAUGUAUUUCAUUAUACAGAGUGUGUGCAUUGGAUAUGAAAAGUACAUAAAUUUAAAGUUUAUAAUAAAAGUUGUUUGAUUUACUAUCAUGGAUUGGAUAGGAACUAUAUGUUUAAAAAUAGGGCAUGAUUGGGGUAAAGCAGUUCAUACCUGAGCCUUUGAUACGAAGAUGUCACCUGCAACCCUACAUUUAUCUAAAUAAAUAUUACAGACCUUUUAAAUAAAAGAUUACAUAAAGGGCAACCUUCUAAGGGCCCACAACUAUUUGUAUUACAAAUUUCUAAAGAGUUGUAAUGAACGUGAGCAUAUCACCUGCACAGAUUAAGGCAUCAAAAUUAUGGUUUGCUCAACAACUUAAAAUACAACCUUUAGAUUUGAAAUCGUUAUGUUAAGAAUCAUGAUUUACAAAAUACAUUAUAUUUUUUUAUCCAAGGUUCAAAGUAGUUUGGGUUUUCUAAGAAAACUUUGGAAUUUUUAGUUUAGAGAAUUUACUAAAUGCAUUAUACAAUUUUUAAAUACAUAUAGUUUCAAAUGCAUUUAAGUAAUAAUUAAAAAUAAUUAUAUAAUUGUAUGCUCAAUUAAAUUGAAUACACUCCAAAACCUUACCAAUGUACCUCAUUUGAGUUCAUGCUUGAUGAUUCUCGGAAAAAACAUUUUGGGAAUUUUUUUAUAUUAAUAAGCUUUGUAGAACCUUGAGCAUUUUAGAUGCAAUUCGUCAUAUUCAGUACAUAAAAACCUAGCAUAAGAAAAACAUGGGAAGAAUCUGUGAGUACAUUGGUGGUGAAGCAAACAUUGAGCAUGUUAAUUUUGGCCUUGAUGUGGUAGCCCAGGUAUUUCAGAUAUGAAUUGCCAAGGUUUCCUGUAGGCCUUAUUUUAAAAACAUAAAAAAAAAUACAAAUAUUUGUUGUCCAUCAAGAAGAAAAUAGUUUUAAAAAUCAGUAUAUAUAUUACCAAGUUUUGAAAAAAUGUUAACAAAUCAGCUUCAAUAAUCAAAACUACUAAAAGUUAUAUAUGUUUUGUAAAUUUAUCAUUUCAAACUUUAAAACAGAAAUACAAGUGUAGCCAGUGUUCAAUAAAAUACUCCUAUGCAGGAGCAAUAAAAUACUUUAAUACUUUUUGGUCAUAUGAAAUCCUUGAGCCACACAAUCAAUAAAUGAAUUGUACUUACAAACUGGGGAGUACGCAGAUAAAAACCAAGUAAAUUCUUGAGCCCACAAAAAAUUUAAUGCACUGUACUAUGAUAUCAUCUUUUGCCUGAUAUAUAUAAUGACUCCGUAAAAGUGUUUAAAUGUAUAAAGCUAUAUUUAAUAAAUCUAUUAAAUAAUAGAUGUUAUGAAUCAAAUUAUGAAAAAAAUCAUAAAAGCUUUAUUAUUCUAUACAGAGUUUUAAAUAAUAAUAAUUAUAUAACAUAUACUGAUUUAAAAAGGUUUUCGAAAUCUGAAAAUACAGCCACUGUUUAGUAAAGAGUAAUCACCAUUAAAGAGUUUAAACAAUAAGUUCAGAAUAAAGGAGCAUAAAAUUAAUUUAAAUAGGAGUGAAUAUAUUUACAUUGCUAUAUAAGGGUAGUAGGAAUAUAACUCAAAGAGUUAUGAUUUAUAAAAACAAAACAGUUAUUUUAAACGUAAUAGAGAUAUCAGCAAUAUCUCAAAGCAGGAUUUUGCAUACGUCUUCACAUUAAAUAAGCAUAGAGAACAUAGGUCUGCUCAUUAAAUGAGAAUAGAUAGCGGCAGUUGAAAUCAUAAUAAGAUAUAUAAGGGUAGUACGAAUAUAACUCAGAGAGUUAUGAUUUAAAAAAAUAAAACAGUUAUUUUAAAUGUAAUAGUAUAGCCAGAAAAUUAAGUAAAGAGUAGUAGACGUGUAGGUCUGCUAGCAUUAAAUGGAGAUAUCGGCAAUAUCUCAAAGCAGGAUUUUGCAUAGGUCUGCUCAUUAAAUGAGCAUAGAGAAAAUAGGUCUGCUCAUUAAAUGAGAAUAGAUAGCAGUAGGUGAAAUCAUAAUUAACUACAACAGUAUUUACCAAUGCAUUCUAACCGAUCUGUGAGCAUAUAUCUGUGAGCAUAUAUACCACCAAUUGUGCAUUAACUCCUUGCUCAGAAACUCAUUUACUGAGCUCAACAACAACAUCAACUCGAAAGUCCAGCAGACAGUUUUGAGUAUAAAGUGUGCACGUGUUCUUACCCCACGAAGGAAAGGUAUGUUUCGAACUAUGAUAUGUAUAUAAUUAAGCAUAGAUGGAAAGAGUUAAUUAUGUACAAUGAAAAUGGUUUAUUAUGAAUAUAAUGAGCAUUCCUAGAAUGCAAAGUGAGUCAUACUUCAACUAAUAAAUAUAGAUUAAAUAACAAAUUUUAUGGUUCCAUUUAAGAUGAGAUGCGGGUCAAGCACAGAUGAAUCUCCAAAAUGUCAUGCAUGUGGGAGGAUGCCUGGACUCUUUUGGUUGAUCCCAUGCUUUCAGUGUAAAAAUUUAAAUCACUUUUACUGUAUGAAUCCUCUAAACAAGAAAAGGUUUACUGGGAGAUACUUAUGCAACGAAUGUCAAGAAUGGAUAGAUGCAGGUCCUGAAAUACCUAGAAGAUCAAGUCGAGUCAUAACCCUGAACCAGAAGUAUUUCAAUGAAAAAAUGUGUGUGGGAAUGAGUUUUGGUUGGCUAAACAUGGCAUGAAAAUACUGCUGCAUUCCCAGUAUGAAAGAUGCCCAUGGUUUUUGUUAGUAAUGUAAAAGUAGUGAACUCUUUUGUGUUUUGAAAUUGUGAGGCCUGUAUUAUCGCAUGAAAUGCUCAGGCAUGUUCACUUUGCUAUGUAAAAGCAUGCUAUGUAGUGGAUGAAAUGUUAUGGAAUGCUAUGUAAUCAAUGAAAUAUUAUGGAAUAUUAUGAUGAAUGUUUUUAGAAGCGUCCAUGUGCAGUUAGCAAUAAUGAAUGUUUAAUUCAUACAUGUGAAGAGGAUUCUGUAUAGCUAUUAUGUGAAAUGGUAUAUAAAAAAAACUUAAAUGAGUAAAGUUUACAUGUUUUCACAUUCAAUUUAGAAUUACAUAUACAACAGAUUAGAUGCAGAUGUACGCAAAUCAGAAAUUAAGGAGUUCAUGGGUUACCGAUGUUCAGGCCAGCGGACUGCCAGACCACGCAGUUCCGAAGGCCACUACGGUGGCUGGCAGGGUAUCUGGCAGUCCUAUGGGAUGGGCCUUUACUCAGUAACCUGAAAAUAUUGAAAUUGAAAUGAAAAGAAAAAGUUUACAAAACAUCUUUUAAACAAAAGUAAUUCAUAAGUUAACAUUGAAUGACUGAAUUUCCUUACAACUAUUGUGGUCUUGCAUCAUCUGAAAAUAACAUAAUGACAUUUUUGUCUAAAUAACAGCUCUUGAAUGAAGAAGAUUACGAAAAGCACAACAAUCAACCGUAAAAGAAGUCUUCAAGACUUGACCAACAAAGGUAGCUUUGUGUACAUUAUCAAUGUCUUUUACAUUAGUAAUGCAAGGUACAUAAAAAGAGGUUCAGAAACUAUUUCUGGAAAACUAGAUGAGUGUUAAGUCUGUACUGAAUAACUAUUGAACAUUAGGGUUUCAAAGUUCAGAAAUCAGAUUCAAAUUUUAGCAAAUGUAAACAAUUGAAAUUCGGGCAAAUGGUAGAUAAGUAUGAUGGGGUUUCAAUGUUUAGAAAUAAGAUUCAGAUUUUAGCAACUGACAAAGAUUUGAAAUUUGUUAAAAAUGGUAAUCAAUUUUAUUUAGGGUUUGAAGUGAAGAAAUCAGAUUCGUAUUUUAGAAUCUUUGAAAGUCAUUUGUUCUACAAUUCGAAAACAUGAACAAGGCUAAUCUAUGAUCCUGGAAUAUUAGAGAAUAAUAUUCAAGAUCCGAGAAGGAGACUUCGUAUUUUAUCUUUAAAGAAAUUUAAAAUUUAUACGAACCCUUAUGCUUGAUGACAACAGAUCUGAGAUAAUCUAUAUCACAAACGCCAGAAAACAACACUAAGUCUGACAUCAAAGAGUAUCAAUAAGGCUUACUGCUAAAUCUGUACAAAACAAAAUUAAUUUUCAAGUGUCGG